AUGCUGGGUAUGAAUGAUGAGGAAAUAGAGGUGAUCCCAAACAAUGAAGAACGUUACAUAUCAUAUACAGUUAAAAGGCAGAACAUGAUCGAACUGAGGUUCUUGGAUUCGUUCAAGUUUAUGUCCAGUAGCCUUGAUGCACUCACCAAAAACCUUCAGAAAGAUCAGUUUACACAUACUGCUAAAUACUUCAAUGAAUCCGAGUUGAACCUGGUUUUGAGAAAAGGUAUUUACCCAUAUGAUUACAUGGACAGUGAGGACAAAUAUGAGCUAACUCAUCUACCUAAGCAGGAAGAAUUCUACAACAUACUCACUAAAACAGAUGUUGACCCUAAAGAUUAUGAACAUGCUAAAAGAGUGUGGGAUUCAUUUAAAAUGAAGGAUAUGAAAGAGUACACAUUGAUGUACAACAAAUCAGAUGUCCUCCUACUAGCUGACGUUAUGGAGAACUUCCGUAAUGUGUGUAUGUCAACGUACAAACUAGAUCCUGCAUGGUUUUUCACCACACCUGGUCUUGCUUGGAGUGCUAUGCUAAAAACAACGAACGUUGAACUGGAACUUAUUUCAGAUUACGAUAUGCUACUUAUGAUUGAGAAGGGAAUUAGAGGUGGUGUAUCGCAAAGUUCUAAUCGCCAUGCUAAAGCCAAUAACCCCUACAUGAAUGAUUACGAUUCGAGCAAACCAACUGAGUAUCUGGUAUACUUAGAUGCAAAUAACCUAUAUGGAUGGGCAAUGGUUCAACACAUGCCGUAUGGAGAUUUCAAAUGGUGUGAUACAAACAUCGAUGUCACCGAAAUCCCUGACGAUGCCGACACGGGGUAUAUACUUGAAGUGGAUUUGGAAUAUCCUAAAGAUACCCACGAUUUGCAUUCCGAUCUUCCUCUUGCCCCGGAGCAGAGAGUACCACCAGGAGGAAAAGAGGUUAAACUAUUGACAACACUUUAUGACAAAGAGAAGUAUGUUGUUCAUUACAGGAAUCUCAAGCUGUACCUUAAGCUUGGAUUGAAACUGAAGAAGAUCCAUAGAGUCAUUUCCUUUAGGCAAUCAAACUGGAUAGCUACUUAUAUUGACCUGAAUACAAAACUGAGAACUCAGGCAAAGAACGAUUUUGAAAAGGAGUUUUACAAACUGAUGAAUAAUGGUGUGUUUGGGAAGACAAUGGAGAACAUACGUAACAGAGUGGAUGUGCGAUUGGCGACAAAGGAAAAACAAAUUGUCAAAUGGAUUGCUCAACCUACAUUCAAGGAUCGUACAAUAUUUGCUGAAAAUCUCUCUGCUGUGCACAUGAAAAGGACAAAACUCCUGUUUAAUAAACCUAUAUAUGUUGGUAUGAGUGUAUUAGAUGUUUCAAAGACUCUAAUAUACGAUUUUCACUAUAAUGUGAUUAAAUCAAAGUACGGUGACAAAGCACGAUUGCAGUAUACAGACACUGAUUCCUUGAAAUAUGCCAUUGCCACCUCUGAUUUUUACCAGGAUAUGAAAACCAUGAUAGAUUACUUUGAUACAAGUGACUACCCUGAGAACAAUCCGUAUGGGAUGCCUAGAGUCAACAAAAAGGUUCUUGGUAAAAUGAAAGAUGAACUGAGUGGGAGGAUUAUGCGAGAACAGAUUGCUCUAAGAUCUAAGAUGUAUGCUCAUGAAGUCGAGGAUGGUAGUGUAUGCAAAAAGUCAAAAGGAGUCAAAAAGUCAGUCACCGAGAAGGAAAUAACAUUUGACGACUACAAAAAAUGCUUGUUUGAAGGUUUGGAAACCACUAAAACCAUAAAUAUGAUUAGAAGUUUCAGUCACGACCUCUACACCAUAGCACUUAAUAAAGUAGUGUUGUCAAACCAAGAUGAUAAACGAUACAUUUUAGAUGAUGGAAUUCAUUCCCUCCCCUGGGGUCACUAUUCAAUAAACCAUUAA